AUGGCUCCGCUAGAUAAUCUCAUUUUCGCCCUCAGUGGCAGCUUUGAGGGUUACACUAAGAAGGACGUCGAAAGCCUCAUCGCCAACAAUGGUGGUGUUGUCAAAUCCACAGUUACCAAAGCCGUCACCCACCUUAUCACAACCACAGAGGAUUACCUGAAAAAUACUACAAAAGUUGGCAAUGCAUCUGCAAACGGAAUCCCCAUCGUCACUAUCUCUUGGCUCGAGGAUUCGGUCAAAAAGGGAAAGAAACAAGCCGAAAGCAAAUACGACCCAUCGAAAGUAACGAAGGCUUCUACAUCUAAGGCCUCGACAUCAAAGGCUGCUGCUGCUGUGGCACCCAAGGCUACUGGGACUAGAGCACCCUCUGCCCGAGCUGCUGCUGCUGCUGCUUCGCAGGCCUCUCAAACCUCUGCACCAGCUUCGCAGACUACCACCAUCAGCGGCAAGAAGCGUGGUCGUAAAGCCGCUGAUGAUGAUGAAGAGGAAGAAGAGGAUGCAAAGCCAGCUAAAGGUAAAGGGAAAGCCAAAGCUGCUGAUACCAAAACAAAGGCUAAGGCUCCUGCCGCCAAGAAGAGAAAGGCAAAGAAGGAGGAGUCCGAGGACGAAGAGAUGGAUGAGGAGUCCGAGGAGGAAGAUGAGGAAGAAGAAGAUACAAAGCCAGUUGAGGAUGAUGAGGAAGCUGCCGAGCGUGAGCGUCAGAAGGGGUAUAAGGCUCCCGUUGACGAACUGUGCAGCUUAAGACACUCCGGAUACCAGGUUUACGAAGACUCAGAUCACAUCAAAUACGAUGCUUCCCUCAAUCAAACCAACAUUGGCAAUAACAACAAUAAAUUCUACGUCCUUCAACUGCUCAACAAGGGGAGCUCAUAUGCAGUUUGGACCCGCUGGGGCCGUGUCGGAGAAAGUGGACAAAACAAGCUUAUGUCAGGUUACGGCCUUGACGGUGCCCUGAAAGAGUUCAACAAGAAGUUCAAGGACAAGACCGGCGUCAACUGGGACGAUCGUCUUAAUGCCGAUAGGGCUAAUAAGUACACGUACCUUGAAAAGGACUACGCACCACCAGAAGAAGAGACGAAGAAGGUCAAGAAAGAGAAAGACACCGAAGUCAUCGAGUCCAAACUUCCAAUGCAGACCCAAAUCAUUGCGAAUCUCAUCUUUAACAAAGAUUUCAUUCAGCAAAGUAUGGCUGAACUCAACUACGACGCCAAGAAACUUCCACUCGGCCGUCUUAACAAGAAUACUAUCGCCAGAGGUUACGCCCAAUUGAAGGCUAUCGGUGAAGCCCUUAAUGCCGGCACAUCCAACCGAUCCAUCUUCGAACAGCUCACGAACUCUUACUACUCCACAAUCCCCCACUCUUUCGGCCGUGACCGCCCAACUAUCAUCAACAGCGAUCGUCUUCUCAAAGCCGAAAUUGAUCUUGUCCAAUCCCUCGGUGACAUGGCUAUCGCUGAAAAGAUCAUGAAGGACGUCGAAUACGCCGAAGACGAACAAGGCAACCGUAUCCACCCACUCGACAAACAAUUCGCCUCCCUCGGCCUCCUCGAAACAACUCCAUUGGAAGAGGACACCAAGGAAUACCAAUACCUCCGCGAUUACUUCCACAAAACCCACGGUCAAACCCACUACCACAUCCGCGCCAAGGUCGUCCACAUCUUCCGUAUCGAACGUAAAGACGAAAGGGACACCUACGCAAAGGAGAGCUACGACAACUAUAAAUCAGACAACCGUCGUCUCCUAUGGCAUGGUUCCCGAGCUACAAAUUUUGCUGGUAUCUUAUCCCAAGGUCUUCGUAUCGCUCCUCCGGAAGCUCCUGUCAACGGUUACAUGUUCGGAAAGGGUGUUUACCUCGCCGAUAUCUCUACCAAAUCAGCGGGAUACUGUGUUCCUUCUAUUUCUGGCCAUAUGGGUCUCAUGUUGCUCUGCGAGGCGCAAUUGGGUGACCCGAUGUACGAAUUGACGAAUUCGGAUUACCAUGCUGCUGAAAACUCGAAGGCGGCAGGGUGUAUGUCGACUUUCGGUAUGGGUAAGACGGCACCAAAGAAAUGGAUGGAUGCUGGUGAGGUCCACGAGGAUAUGAAGGGUAUUCAGAUGCCGAAUCCGGAUGAUAAGACAGGGGAUUCGAACGUUAAGGGCGCUUAUUUGCAGUAUAAUGAGUACAUUUGCUACUCGACUGCACAAAUCAAGUUGAGAUACUUGUUCUAUGUCGACUUCCAUUGA